AUGAAACACUACGGUCAGACCGCACUAAGUAGCUUCCCCCCUCCGAGCCACCGGAGGCAAGAUCCGUCUCCGGCAGACAGUCAUGCAGCGAAGGAGCAGGCGGUCCGUCUAAGGAGACACAAUCUGCCAAUUAUCCGAUUAGGUGCCAUUUAUGCACUCCGGCUUACCUGCUGGACUUUGGCUUUCCUGAACCACUUUCGACGGCCAACACUCGAAUCCGAGGAGACGGAGCUGGAGGCAAAGAUUCGUGCUCGUCGGCUGCGGGAGAAUGCGAAGACAUUACUUCAAAAUAAGGAAUCUGGGUACUUCGAGACACAGAAACGAGCCCUGUCGAGUCCUAGUUCUACCUUUAUGCUGUUUGAUUUGGUCAAGGACAGCUUCAUAAACGUUUUGCAGACGAUUGUGAUCGCUGGUUCGAUCAAUUGGAUGUUUCCCGAAUUCAUGACGACGGAGGUUCCGUAUCCACUAACGAUGCGCAUCAAGUCAAUGUUGCAACGGGGCAUAGAACUGGCCUUCAUCAGCUUCGUGAUAUUUCCCGAACGUAUUCGACUGAGAAGCAAUUACACGCUGGUCCUGGGAGAGGAUAGUAGUGCGAAUUGA